AUGCGACACCAAGCCUUUGCACCGAUCUUUUUAAUCUUUCUGGUUGUUUGCACAAUAUCCAUAGCUUCAAGUUUUCCUCUUCGCAAGCGUCUUCCGCGUCCGUUUGUCGAUCUACCUCACUUGCGGCACGAACAACGCCUACAAGAGAACGGUGAACUGAAGCAGUGGCUUCAAAAUCAACAACCCAUAAUGACCCCUAAUAUCGCUAUGCCGCCUGAAACAGGCACUACUGGGGGAAGCAGGCAGCCGCAGAAUUCCGGCAGUGAUGGCCUUGUGAUAUCCGAUGUUCUUCCUAAAAACCGUGGCAUCAAUAUCUUUGCUUCUCUUACAAGGGAUUUCGAGCCCAUCGAUUCUCGUUUCAACGACGCAACAAAGAAUGUAACCGUCCUUGCUCCUCGCAACAGUGCAGUCCAAGGACUUCCGCGUAAGCCUUGGGAGAAUCCGGAUGACUAUGCACAGUUCGGAGAGGCAAAGGCCUAUGAGGGGCAGGAAGGGCAAGACCGAGCGAAAAGCAACCUGAAACGCUUUGUAGAGGCCCACAUAGUACCCAGAAGCCCCUGGAACGAAGGGGACGAAGUAGAAACUCUCGGGGGAGACAAGUUGAGCUGGACAAAAGAUGGAGAUAAGAUCUUUAUCCAACCGGGAAAUGUUGAGGUUGACAGUAUUGCAGAACAAGUAUCCAAUGGUGAAGUAUGGAUCUUGAACGGCGUGAUCAAUUACCAUUGA